AUGAUGGCUGGGGCUGUUCUGCUAUGCUGCAGUGGCGGGCCCUGUGGAAAGCCUGGGGCGCUGGCUUCUGCUUCUGCAGCAGAAUGCGGCGGGACGAUGCCGCGGCAGCCGCAGCAGAAGGGCACAAUAAACGCUGCUGCUGCGUCGUCAAGCACAAUGCAGCAGCAGCAGCAGCACAGCUGCAGCAGCAGCAGGAGAGACUCCUCUGUUUCUCCCUCCGGCCGCCUUUCUAGCCUUGGCCUGUUGCUGUGGCCUCCCUUUAACUAUAUCUUUGCCUCUAUUUAUUCUUGGCUCUCUGCGGGGCUGCAGGCCCACGCGGAAGCAGAAGAGGGGGGGGGGCCCUACUCGCUGCUGCAGCUGCCGCUGCUGUCGGGGGCCCCCCUGCUGCUGCCAACUCAGUCCCCUCUGCGGCAGCGGACAGAAACUCUUGAGCAGCACUUUGGAAGGGAGCGCCAGAUCACUUCGCUGCUGGUGGUCCGACGCCCAGCAGCAGCAGCAGCAGCAACAGCAGCAGCAGCAGCAGCAGCAGCAGAAGUGGCGCCUGCAGCAGCAGCAGCACCUGCAGCAGCGGCGCCCGCAGCAGCAGCAGCAGCACUUGCAGCAGUUCCUGCAGCGGCAGCAGCACCAGUUCCUGCAGCAGCAGCAGCAGCACCUGCAGCAGCAGCAGCACCUGCAGAAGCAGCAGCAGCAGAUGAGGGCCUGCUGCAGCAGCAAACGCUGGAGGAAGUGUGGCGGCUGACGAAGGCCGUGGAGGCUGUGGCUUACCGCGCGGCGAAGUGGCGGGAUGUUUGCAAGUUCAUGGACACGGACUUUUCGUUGGGAGAGGUUUGCGUGGGCAUGGGGGUCUUCGGCAUUUACGAGGCCGCUCUGGGCCCCAUAGACACUCGAGAUGACUUUGUUGACGCGCUGGAAGGCCUGAGCACUGGCGGCGUGACUUUGCUGCACCUUGCUGCUGCCAACUUACCGACUUCAUUUUACUCGCCGCUGUCUCUGCGCUUCUCUCCCCCUGCGCCCGUCGGGGCCCUCCCCAGCAGCAGCCGCAGCAGCAGCAGCAGCAGCAGCAGCGGGGGCGCGAGCUCAGUCAUGGACUUCCGCAUCGCCCGCGCCGACGCGCUGCUGUUUGCCUAUGAGCUGGACACCCGGCGGCUGCCGCAGCAGACACGGCGUGGCUGGGAGAGGGAAGUAGCAGCUUUCAUUCGCCGAUUCAAGCAGCAGCAGCAGAGGCGCAGGCUGCAGCAGCAGCAGCAGCAGCAGCAGGGGCUGCUGCAACAGCAGCAGCGCGCGCAGGAACUGGAAGGUCCGACGAUUCCAGGUGGCUCGGAGGCACAGUUCCUCGCUGCUGAUGCUGCGCCUUCUGCUGCGGCUGCGACUGCUGCUGCUGGACCUGCUGCUGCUGGACCUGCAGCUGCUGCUGCUGCUGCACCGGCAGCAGCAGCAACGGACUGGGACGUGUGGGUCCAUAACGAGUCCCUCGAGGCAGACGAGGCCUUCUCGCUUGUCAACGGAGAAGUUCAUUUGCUGCUGCUGACGCUGCCGCUGCUGCUGCUGUACUUCGCGGUGUCUGUACACCUGGCGGCCCCGCCUUCGCCUGUCUUCCAGCUGCGCCAGAAGGCGCUGCUCCUGGGGGCGGUGGUGUGUCUUGCUGCAUUUGCUGCUGCUGGCGGACUGCUGCUGUGUCACUUGGUGCUGCGGGUAGCAGUGACCCCGCUGCUGCUGCUCGUGCUGCACUUGCUGCUGGGGCUCGCAGUGCACCAGGCUGCGCACACGCUGCGCUGCUUGGCUGCGGGGCUGAAGCGCGUCUCUGCAGCGCAGCAGCAGCAGCAGCAGCUGCUGCUGCAGCAGCAGCAGAAACUGCGGCCACACCGGACGGGCCGGCUGCUGCGCGAGUCGCUGCAGGGCCGCAGCAGCAGAGGCGUGGACGAGCCGGCGCUGCUGCUGGGCAGCAGCAGCCGCCGCAGCAGCAGCAGCGGCGGCAGCGACAGCAGCAGGACCAGCAGCAGCAGCGUGAGCGAAGCUGGCUGGGAGGCGCAGCAAACUUGGAGUCUCGUGGAUGAGGCGGAGCGGCAGCAGCAGCAGCUAGAAGAAACCCUCGCGGGCUGCAUCUGCAGCAGCAGCGUGACAACUGCUGCUGGGAUUUGCUGCCUCGUGGCAAUGGGCACUUUCGACAUUCCUGCUGUUUCCUCUUAUUGCCAUUCUGCUGCUUGUUGUCUUCUUUUUCUUCUUUUCUUUUAUAUUUAUUUCUUUUGUCCCUUUCUUUUAGUUAUUUACAGUCCCCAUUUGCUGCCGGUGGUUCCACCCCGCUCGCCUCUGCAGCGCAGCAGCGGCAGCGCUGCAGCUGCAGCUGCAGCAGCUCUGCCGUCACCAGCAGCACCGAAUGGUGCUGCUGCUGCUGCUGCCGACAAAGACCGAGUGGAUGCGAAACCCAGUAAGGCGGAGGAGCUGCAGCAGCUGCAGCAGCAGCAGCAGCAGCUGCGCCUGCAGCAGCGACAGCUCCAACACCCGGAAACGAAUGCAGAGGGCCGUUCACGAGGCCCAUAUGCAGCACCAGCAGCAGCUGCUGCUGCUGCUGGAGACGGUGUGGCCUCGAACGAUUUCCCUGCAGCUGAGUCCAGCCCUACGUUCGGCAGCAGCAGCGAAUCGGGGCAGCAGCAGCAGCAGGAGCUGCAGCUGAAUGGCUCAAUUAACUUUGCUCCCGGCGAGGAUGUGCUGCAGCAGGACUGCGUGGAGCUGCAGCUCGAGCAGCAACCGCGGCAGAAGCAGCAGCAGCAACAGCAGCAGCAGCAGCAGCAUUUCGAAGGCGAGAUGCUGGUUUGGUCAGGUCCAUCGCGUAGCUCCGAUUUGGCUCUGCGGGGCAGCAGCAGCCCCACGAGCAGCAGCAGCAGCACAAUGGCAGCAGCAUGGGCUUCCCCUGUUUCUUCGGUUGGCGCGGCAGCUUCUUCCUUCGCUGCAGAAGCAGCAACAGGGCCAGCAGCAGCAGCAGCAGCAGCAGCGAGGAGGCAGAGCCAGCUGUGCGCAAUGAGGUGUGCAGCAAUUCGGGUGUCUCAACAGCUCCGUCGCUCCCUAGCCGAAAUGCGGCAGUCCUUUUGGGGUCGAUUGCUCUGCCAUAAGACAUACAGGCUGCUGCUGCUGGGGAUUCUGUGCGUGCUGUCUGUGAAGAGCUACAGCGAGCUGGUGCUGCUGCAGCCGGAGUUCGAUUUGCUGCGCUACUUGCCGCCCGCCUCUUUGCUGCGGGGUUUCAUAGGGGCAGUGCAGCAGCAGCAAUCUUGGGGGGGAGCAGCACCUCUCCCGCUGCACCUGGUGCUGCGACCUGAGGUGUCUGUACACCUGAACGAAGCAGCAAUGCGGGACAGAGUCAACCAUUUAGUAGACGACAUUAUGAGGCUUCCAGAGGCAACGGGGCCAUUGCUCUCUUGGGUGUCGGACAUCGAGCUGCACACGAACGGAACCGCAACAACUGGGCCGCUGCUGGCGCCGCCUGCAGCAGCUUGCCCUUCUGCUGCUGCUCGGCCUUUCCCGUGGCAGUCUGCUGAGGCUUUCGCGCUGCAGCUGCGGCGGUGGUGCAGCGACGGCCACGAGACCCUCUGCAGCAGCAGCAGCCUGCAGCAGGGCGACACUGCAGCAGAGGCGCAGCAAAAGGCCCCCUGGCUGCACAAUGUCACCCCCACACUUUACGAUGGCUCUUUCAUCAAAUUCUCUGGGGAUGGCCGCCGCAUUUUGACCUCCCGCAUAACUAUGUUCUUGCGCGUGGACCCCUUGAACAGCAGCAGCAGACCAAGCAGCAGCAGCGGCAGCAGCAGCAGCAGCAGCAGGCGCAGCAACGAUGUCGUGCUGCAGCAGCUGCGGGCGCUGGAGCAAAAGCACUUCCCAGCGGGUGGGGUGUAUCUACACGCGGCGUGGAUGGAGGAUGUGUACAGAGACAGCUGGAUCCUGCCUGCGGUGUAUUCGCAAGUGCUGCUGGUUGCUGCCAGUCUUUUCCUGCUGCUGUCUUUCCUUUUGUCUCCCGUUGGUGCUGCAGUUGUUGCUGCGCUGCUGCUGCUGCAGGCCCUUUUUGUGGGCGGCCUCUUAAGCCUCUGCAGCAUUCCUUUCGACGUCGUCACCCUCAUGGCUCUGUUUGCGAGCGGCGCCUUGACAGUGGAGUACACAACUCUUGUGGUGUAUGUACACCUGCGUGCGGCCCCGCUGUUUGCCUCUGCGCCGCUUCCCUCGCUCUCGCUGCUGUCCUCGCUGAUGCAGCAGCACCAGCAGCAGCAGCUGCAGCAGCAGCAGCAGCAGCAGGAGCUGGCUUCUCCGCUAAGCACAGGAACUGAGAUCUACAGAGCAGCAAGAGGCCUCGGGGUUUCCCCGCGGCCCUCGGGGCUUCCAGUGUCUUUGGCUGCGGCGCCUGCGUCCGCGCGCUGGCAGCAGCAGCAGCAGCAGCAGCAGGAGGCGUGCGCGAGCUGCGGCGAGCCAAGCGACUGCUGCGUCGUGCGCAGCAGCCCCACAGCAGCAACUGUGGAAGUGCUGCUGGCCGGACUUCACCGCCAAAAGCACCAGGGGCCUCUUUUGGCCUUUUUGGCUUCGCGAGAAGCAGCUCCAGCCAUUUGCACUUCGGCUGUCUCGACACUGCUAGCGCAGCAGCAAACAGGAAGCAGCGCAGCAGCAAAGCAGGAAGCGGCGCAGCAUCAGCAACGGCAGCUACCAGCAACACGCAGCAGCCGCAGCAGUAACAACAACAGAAGCAGCAUCGAAGACAGCAGUAGCAACAGCAGCAGCAGCAGCAACAACAGUAACAGCAGGAGCAGCAGCACGAGCAGCAGGAGCAGCAGCAGGAGCAGCAGCAGGAGCAGCAGGAGCAGCAGCCGGUAUACCUGGCUGCGGCGGCUCGUCAAAGAAAAGCAUAUCUGGUGGUCGACUGGUGGGGGGCUGCAGCAGCAGCAGCAGCAGGGCCAGCAGCAGGAACAGCAGCUGCGGCAGCUGGUGCUGCAGUUGCUGCCGGUGCUGCUGUGUCGCCUGUCCACGAGAGCCGCACGGCCUGCAGCAGCGAAACAGCAGCAGCAGCAAGAGCAGCAGCACAGAAGCAGCAGCAGCAGCAGCACAGCAGCAGCAGCAGCAGCACAGCAGCAGCAGCACAGCAGCAGCAGCACAUGUAGCUCAUGA